ACCUUUUGCACCCCCUUUUCACACCCUCAGUGCACCUGAGCACCCGAAGAGCGGCGGGCGGCGGCGGCGGCACGAAAAGCACCGGCGGCGAGCAGCAUGUCCCGAAGGAAACAGAGCAAACCCCGGCAGAUUAAACGCCCCCUUGAAGAUGCUGUUGAGGAUGAAGAGGAAGAGUGCCUAUCUGAGGAAAAUGAAAUUAUCUCCAAAGAAGACUUUCCCCUGGAGGGAAACUUUUCUGCAGAAUUUGAGUCUGGGAAUCUGAACUGUGAAGAUGUGGAAUACUUUUGUAAUAAAGGUGAUGAAGAGGGCAGCCAAGAAACAGCAGAUUCUGAUGGGGAUGCACGUUCAGAUAAACCAGGACCGCUUAAGCUUGAGACAGAAGACUGGGAUGGACCAG